GAGUUCUACUUCCUGUGCUCUGAAAAUGAAACUGGGGGGGAAGCUUAUUGUUAUUUCUGAAUACAGGAUCUUCCCAGCAAAAAGACCUGAGCAAAUUGAGUGCUGACACAUGCACUUUAAAGAACUCAGGGACUGAAGUUGUAGCACAAAAAAUUAGGAAACAGAUUUCAGCAAGAAAAACGAAAUGCAGAAUCUGUGUGCUACAAAUGGGAGAACAGACCAGCACUGCAGGGAGCACAGACGGACACUGGAGUUAUUCUGUCAGGAUGAUGAGGCCUUUAUUUGUCCCCUUUGUGUUCCCAAACAUUCCAGCCACAGUUUUCUGUUCCUGCAUGAGGCAGCCAUUGUGUACAAGAACAAGCUAAAAACAGCUUUAUCAUCCCUGGAAUUAAAAGUCAAGCAACUUAAAGAUCAGCAGAACACAAAUGACAAGGAACUCCUGGACAUGCAUGAAGAUGCUUAUAGUUUGGAACAGUACAUUAUACAAGAGUUUACAAAACUGCAUUUGUUUCUACAUGACCGCGAGCAAAAAUUACUCCAACAGCUUAAAAAUAACAAAGUAGCAGCUCUUAUACAGGUGGAAGAAAACUUUGAAUGUUCAAAACAUGAUGCUGUGGUCACCAGUGUAAAAAUAUCUAAUGCCAGUUUGGAGUUCAGGAAGGAAAUAACACUGACUUUGGAAGACAUGGAAGAAAAUGCCGAAAACCUUAAAAAUAAUGUUAUAGCAACUUGUAAAACCCUGUGUGAUAAGCCACAGCCUAGAAAACAGGAAACUGUUGGUUUUCUAACUGUUCCAGAAACCUUUGAGGAUGUUGCUGUCAUGUUCUCAGAAGAAGAGUGGAAGAUGUUAAGAAAACAAGACAAGGAGCUUCACAGAGAAGUGAUGGUACAGAACUAUGAAACACUGACUUCAGUAGGAUACAAAAUCCCUCCUGAGAAAUUGUUGCUGCUGCUUAAAGUUUAUCAUGAUAAACAGUUAAAUGAUGAUGCAGAGGGGAACAGUAACACAGAAAAGGAGGUGAAGCGUGAAGAUAAGCUCAGCAGUUUCAGGAGCAGAAACUGCAGUGUGUUUUGCAAUCAGCAGCCAUCACUUGGGACAUCCCAUCCUCAAGAGAACCUACAGCAGUCUGAUGAGCCUGGGAAGGAUUACAAGAAACUGCAUCUUUCUCCUGGUUUGCAGCAUCACUUAGGUCAUAACUGGAUCAAGAGCUCUGAAUGUGACAGUGCAACACCCUCAUUACAUCACUCUAGACAGAACCCACAGUGGGGUGCUCAGCCUGUGAACAGGUACAACAGGGCUCAUCCUGUUACUGCCCCAGAGUUUCAUUUAAGAUGUAACUGCAGCAGCGACCCUAAGGGCAAUGGUCAAUCCCCCUCUAUACAGCAUUGUGCUCAGCGUGCAUUGGACACUGACAUACUUCCUCCCCCUGUUGUACCACAGCACCAGUCUGGACAUAAUUGCAGAAACAGGUCUGACUGCCACACAUGUUUUAAUAAAAAGCAAAGAACAGUAAUUUAUCAGUCAUGUCACAAAGGAGAGAAGUCAUGUAAAUGCACCGAGUGCAAGACGCAGUUUACGUCUCACGGUAAUGUAAAGUACCAUCAGCCCAUCCACACAGUGGAUACUCACACAUGGGAGAAAAAAUAUAAAUGUCCUAAAUGUAGUAAGUGUUUUACACAUAAAUAUCCACUCAGAAUCCAUCAAAAAGUUCACACAGGAGAGAAACCGUACAAAUGUGAUGAAUGUAGUAAGGGUUUUGUAUAUAAACAGUCCCUUGACAUCCAUAAACUAGUUCACACAGGUGAAAAACCGUACAAAUGUGCUGAAUGCAGUAAGUGUUUUACCCAGAAACCAUACCUUAGAGCCCAUCAACAAAUUCACAGAGGGGAGAAACCAUUUGAAUGUGCUGACUGUAAUAAAUGUUUUGCACACAAAGCAUACCUCAGAAAUCAUCAACGAGUUCAUUCAGAGGAAAAGGCUUACCAGUGCCCUGAAUGCAGUAAGGGUUUUACACAGAAAAAAAGCCUUAAAACCCAUCAGCAAAUGCACAGAGGGGAGAAACCAUAUAAAUGUGAUGAAUGCAAUAAGUGUUUUACCCAGAAACAAACUCUUAGAAUCCACCAACAAGUUCACAAAGGGGAGAAACCGUAUAAAUGUGAUGAAUGUAGUAAGUGUUUUACAUGGAGACAAAACCUUAGAACCCAUCAACAAAUGCACAAAGGGGAGAAACCAUAUAAAUGUGCUGAAUGUAGUAAGUGUUUUGCAUGGAAACAUAACCUUAUAACCCAUCAACAAAUUCACACAGGGGUGAAACCUUAUAAAUGUGAUGAAUGUAGUAAGUGUUUUACCCGGAAGCAAAACCUUGUAACCCAUGAAAAAAUUCACAGAGGGGAGAAACCGUAUAAAUGCAGUGAAUGUAGUAAAUUUACCCGGAAACGAAACCUUAGAAUCCAUCAAACAAUUCACAGUGGUGAGAAACCAUAUAAAUGUGCUGAAUGUUUUAAGUGUUUUACACGGAAACAACACCUUAUAACCCAUCAGCAAAUCCAUACAAGAUAAACAACACAUACAAGUAGAAUGCAGUAAGCAGGCAUGUGGACUAGACUGCUGAUAUGCCAUUAAACCAUUCAUACAGUGAAUACUCAUAUAUGUGAAUGAUAUAUAAAUGUUUUGAAUGCAGUAAGUGUUUUACACACAAAUGUCACCACAGAAGCCAUCAAUAAAUUCACUUAGAGGAAAAAGCUUA